GGAGAGGAACAAUAAUAUGCACCUACCAAGUUUAUCAGUGAACGCGUAAAAGUGGCGAUUGUCAGCGAUAAUUUGAGUUUUGAGCGCUAUUUCCUCCAGAAGAUGCAGCAAGUAGACGAUCCCCCUUAUUUGACUGUAGGAACGGAGGUUAGCGCCAAAUACAAGGGGGCAUUCUGCGAGGCCAAGGUACGCAAGGUCGUGCGCAACAUCAAAUGCAAGGUCGCGUACAAACAACAGGGCCUCGGGUCUGGUGUCGUUUCUGACGAUCAGAUCAAGGGGGCACUUCGGGUGGGUGCGACGGUCGAGGUCAAGCAUCCGGAGCGGAAGGAGUACGUCGAGGCGACGCUCACCAAAAUCCAGGACUGUUCGCAGUACACGGUGGUGUUCGAUGACGGCGACAUAACGACGCUUCGACGCAGCGCGCUGUGUCUGAAGAGUGGCCGUCAUUUCAACGAGAGCGAAACACUUGAUCAGCUUCCGCUGACACAUCCGGAGCACUUUGGGAACCCGGUGAUAGGAGGACGCAGGGGUCGCAGAUCACGACACCUCUUGCCGGAUGAAAGUUCCGAUGAGGAAGACGAACCGACUAUACAUUCGCGUUCCAACGCCAGCGAUAAGGAGGAAAACAUCGGGAAAGUGGUGUGCGUGGAAACGAGCGAUAAUAAGAAGAAAAAUCCGAAAGAAAACUGGUUCCCUGGGCUUGUGGUUGCUCCGACCGCUCAGGACACGGUGCGCAUCCGUGUGAAGGACGAGUAUUUGGUGCGCUCGUUCAAGGACGGUCGGUACUACACCGUGCCAAAAAAGGAAGCGACCGAGUUUACGCGUGACAGUGUGAACAGGUCCGAAGCAGCCGCCGUUUCGGCAGCAAUCGAGUACAUGGAUAAUGAUGUACUUCCACCGCACUGGGACAGGGAAGCACUGUUCGGUACGUCGGGUAGCUGCAGCGAUUCGGACCAGGAGCUCGAGACGGACAGUUCCGACGAUGAACCUACCGAGGAAAAGGAUCAUUUUGUGGCGCAGCUGUACAAGUUUAUGGACGAUCGAGGAACGCCACUGAACAAAGCGCCAUCGAUCACGAAUCGGGACGUGGAUCUGUACCGUUUGUUUCGCGCCGUGCAAAAGCUGCAUGGUUACAAUCGAGUUACGACCCAGAAUCAGUGGAAGCAGAUCGCGCUGCGAUUGGGCUUCUCACCUGCUACAGCCAGUAUCACCAACCUGGUGAAGCAGGCGUACAAAAAGUUUCUGUUCUCGUUCGAAGAGUUCAACCGCAAACUCGGAUGUACGAUGGUACCACAUCCGAAGACGAGUCGUUCCAAGGGCCGCAGUCUGGUACGUGCCAGCUCGGUUCAGUCACCCAAGCUGGCGGAAAAGGAAAAGCUCCUAACGGCAAAAGAGAAGGCCGCAUCGGCCGCUGCAGCAGACGCAACAACAAAGGCGGGUAGUUCGACGGCUAUAAUCACGGAAGCAUCUAAUUCAGCAGUAGAAGAAUCGGGCAAUACAAGCGAAUCAAGCGCUGCCGAAAGUGCCGUAUUGAGGCCGAGCAGUACCAAGCGGAAAGUCGGUGGGGGAAAGGUGAAGGCGUUGGUAGAUAAGUUCGAGGAAAAGGAGAAAGAACGGGAGAAGGAGAAAAUGGCUGGAAAGGUUGGCGGUGAAAGCAGCGGAUCGUCCGGUGGUGGCAAAAAGGAAGAUGGGGGACCGGCCUCAGCAGUGAAGAAGGAAAAGCUCGGUGCGAAGGCAAAAUCCGUUGAACCGGUGGUCGAGAAGCGAGGCCGUAAGAGAAAGGACGCCGAUUCGGUAGACUCCAAAAAGGAUGACCGGGAAAACACAAGCGUAAGUGGUGUUAGCAGUGCGAGUGGCACAGAACGCAGCAUUAAGCAGGAGAAACAAUCCACCAACAGUAGAAAGGAAGAAGCCAGUGGCGGUGGUGGUGGUGGUGGUCCACCGGGGAGUGGAGGCGGAGGUACUGGAGGAAAUGGAUCUGGACCGGGAACAGCAGGUGGGCAUGGUGGCACUGGUAGAACCAUUAGCCCGGCAAGUGCAGUUUCAGUUGGAGCUUCCGUUCCCGACUUCCCAAUCGAGGUAGGCGAUAAGCUUAAAGUGUACUAUGACGAGCAGAAGGUGACAUACGAAGCGAAGGUGAUCGAGAUCGCCAAACAGGAAGGAAAUCCCAUCUAUCUGGUACACUAUACCGGUUGGAACACGAGGUACGACGAAUGGGUUCGCAAGGAACGUAUUGCGGAAAAUUUAACCAACAGCAAAACCAAGAAAGGAAAAUCUUCCUCGAACACACCCACGGGCAGUGGAGGAUCGACAAGUAAGGGCCCAUCGGGAUCGACCAUCACGACGGGAGAUAAAACGCCAAAAGUUGCUAAACGCAGCCGUGGUAAUUCGAAAGGUGAACAGAGCACCGGUCCCGGAGGAAAUGCUACACCCCGUUCGACGACUCCCAACGUUGGGCGAAAUAAAUCACCGGCCACCCCAUCCAAUCGGAGACCGCUCACCCGUGGUGGUUCGUCAGCGGCUACGGGAUCGUCCCUUUCGGCCUCGGCCGCCGCUGCUGGUAGACGCACCUCCAACAACACGGACAUUUCGUCUUCACUGUCUGUGCCGACCGAUCCAGAUAAUACCAGCGACACCGAUUCGGACGAACCGAUGCUGAAAAAGUGCACCACCAACAGCACCUCGUCGACCACCUCGUCCAACUCGUCGAUUUCCAUCUCAUCAACGAGCACGAAAGUAAGUACAACAGCCGAGGCCGGUUCGUCGUCCGACGCUGCGGCCAUAUCGGACGAGUUUUCCAACGGAGCAUCCAAGGGUGGUGGUGGUGUUGGUGGUGGUCGUGACUAUGAUCUCAAUCAAAUACGUUCCGAAUUGAAGGGCUUCAAGGAACUAAAAUCAUCUGGAUCGCCAGCAUCGGACACAACAACGACCACAACCACAACUGCCGGUGCAGGAGAAGGACCCGCAUCCGCCUCCUCCGUUACGGAUGUGCCGAAACAUCUUAUACCGAAACAGGAACCAAAUAUGCACACAAGAAGUAGUUCCACCGAGGUGAAGGAAUCACUUUCGAGUUCCAACACACCGCUGGCCACGAUCAAGAAGGAGCUGACUGCUUCGGCGACAGUGAAAGAGGAAGAAUCCACCGUAACUGAGGAGGACGACGAACCGGAGAAGUCAUCUGAAUCGGAAACGCUUAGCGAAGAAGAUUCGUCGCAGUCCUCUAACAAGGCAUUCUCUAGCUCACCCAUUACAACAAUGGUCGAUUCAGACACGGCCGAAACACCACUAGCAGCGGGAUUAGUAAUGAGUCCCAAGAUUUUGGCCUCGCCUCCUCCGAGCGUGGAGUGCGAAGAUUCAUCAUCCACCGAACCUUUAAUAACGGUAGCUAACAAAGCAGCGGACGCAAAGGCAUCCCUUGAAAAGGGUACAGCGGCAAGCAUUAAGAAAGACGCGAUCGAUGGAGGGUCGGGUGUUGAAAAGACAGCCACUGCACCAGCAUCGGCAGGAAAGCCUCCGAUUAAAACAUACGGUACGGCAGCAACUAUCAUUGCCAACUCGGAAAAGAUGGCUUUCUGUACGGUGCGUGAUGCGAGCACGGAAAACGAGUUGAAACCGCAACUUGCUGUACCAGCAACGAAAGAUUCUGUGCUGGAAUUGCCCUCGAAAAAUAAUCCCCCGAUUGCGUCACAGCCAGCAGGAGUAUCUCCUUCGCUGUCGGUACGUUCGAAAACAGGCGUAACGGAAGAUAAAGCCACCGUUGUUACUUCUAGCAUGACAUCGCCAUCUGCAACCAGUGGCCGCACAAAUACCAGUUCUUUAACGACACCUGUAAAAGCUAGCUUUGGCUCAUCUCCUUCGGCUACAGCUGGAAACUCUAAAGAAGACUCCCCCGUGCCAUCACAGGGUGUAAUCAUCGCUGCCGGAUCUAAUGCACGAGCAAUAAAAUCUCCGAAAUCUUCGCCUUCAGCAAUACAGUCGAUAACAUCAACUGGCACCGCCACGCCGGAUGAUGGUAAGGGGAAUCCUUCGACGAUCUCUCCCGUCGGACCAACGAACAUUCUGUCCCAAACGACCAGCUCCUCUCCGCAUGGAGGUGGUUUCAAUUCGCUACGCGCGGAAAAAAAGCAAUCGAACGUACAACAUUCGGGACCGGGAACGGGAGCGAGCGUAAUGGAGAGGAAGUUUACCCUUGGACGAGAAGGAACGUCUGCAUUUUCAUCACCGGCAAGCACUUUAUCCGCUCAAUCCCCUCUUUCCACAGCAACUCCGGCAACUUCUUUAAAACAUGGCAGUUCCGGUUUGCUCGGGGAGAAAAAACACUUCUCCUCGUCGACGCUUACACCGGCACAAAAUAAGCUACUCAGCAAGGAAGCUCUGUCCAUAAAGUCACUGUUUGAGUCGACCGCUAACCGGAUGGACGAAAAGAUUUCGGACGUGUAUGAAUUUGAGGAUGAGUAUGACGACCCGGCAGAUACAGGGAGUGGACCAAUGGGAGCAAUGAGUGCUGCUAGUGGCGCACCCGGGAGCGGAACAGGUUCCCGUAAGCUCGUAUCCGAUGUUCCACCUGCCGAGGUAGUUAGCUCACUUUCGCUCACCUCCUCCACAACAUCAUCCUCCUUGGGUGGUCAGUUUGGAGAUGAGAAAAGGAAAAAGCCAUUACAACGGAAGUCAACGGCUGUUCCGGUGGAUCCUUUGGACACAUCCAAUUUCGGGACGGGCAACUAUAGUGGGGCUUUGAAGCGCGCGAAAAAACCCUCGCCGGUUAAAGCUGAACCGAUGGGAGUGGAAAAUAAAUCACCGAAAGGAUCAGGCAUUUUACGCCGUGAGCCUAAAGAGAAGGAAGAGAAGGAACAAAAGCAGCCCUCUGAGAGUGAAUCGGGAACAGUGGCUACGGAGACACUUCGUGCCACAGUUUCUUCUGUGGAUCCACCUAAAGAAAAGUCUAUCCCCAAGACGACAUCAACUGCAGUUACUACCUCUUCUCAAGUAGGAUUAACGACCGCUUUUGUACAAACACCUGUAAAGAGUGACUCAACGUUUGAUGUGCUACGGAAAUCUCCGAGCUUCAAUUUGGUUACUCCUGGUCCCCUAGGUAGUAAGGAAGAAAUGUUUAAAUCGCAGGAUGAUAUCGAGACAAAACCUAAUCCUCCACCAUUGCCAGCAACGACGACACCUGGAAUUUUCACGCCAGUUAUUUCAGCUUCUACGAUUGGCAGUGGUGGCGUAAACGAACGAUCAAUCUCUUCGGUGCUGUAUCCGCACGGUAAAGGCCCAUCUACUUCCGUGCUGCUAGCAAAGGCAGGUGACGAGAGUCAGAAAGAGGAACCGACGCUGGAGAAUUGCAAAAAAUACUUUAACGAUAUGAACUUUGAGUUUGAUGCUCCGACCGUGAAGAAACCACCGUCGAUUGCAGACAAGGUGCUGAAGGCUUUAAGUGAACAGCAGCAGCAGCAGCAACAACAACUGCAAACGAUAAAAUCAGAAAAACCAGACUUCCCAAAGUACAUACCAAGUUCGAUGCAUCACCACUCUCUUCCCAACACGCCGAAAUCGAUUAUAAACAGUGGUUUGUUAUCCUCGCCGGCAAUGGAAAGUGGUACACCAAUGUCAUUCGCUUCUACAGUGCAUCCAACGAUAAAAUCGGAAUCCAUUAGCAGCGGUGGUAAUACUGCCGCCACCGUAGUUUCGUCCUACACAUCAUCACCCAUGAUGGCUGUAAAUCAUCCACCAAAACCGGGAUCAUUGGGUGGAAAUGAAACACCACAGUCAGGAAAGUCGCACGAAGGCAUGAAGAUGGAACCGGAAGAUUCUCACAACUCCACGACAAAGUCAUCUCCGAUCAGUAAUGAUGCUAAAGCUACGACCAAUCAAUCGCCAGGGUUAUCAUCUUCCAACACUGGUGGGGUUCAGAAGAUUCAGCUUGAGCAAAUUCCCACAUCCCGAAGUAAUGAUCUAACAGAAUCGCUCCGAAAGCUGGAUCCAGAUCCACGGUUUAUUCACGACGAUGAAUCUACGGACAGCAACGAUUCUGAACAUCGUCUGAUCAUCGAGGAUGCGGAAUCGCAAGGCAGUGGUGAACCUGUAACCGGUAGUGCGAUGGUACAUUCGCAAACGGUUUUAACGAGCUCACCCGCCGUGCCCAGCAGUACAGCUGCGGUGAUUGUCCAUUAUGAGAGCAAACCGGCAGCUUCAGUGAUCUCGGCCAAGAAGGAGCUGUUUGAAGAAAAACCACGAUCUGCUACAUCUUCCAUUACGCUCGAGAUGGCUUCAGCUGCGUCGGCCGCAGCUGUUGCAGCGGUAGCAGGUAAAGAAAAACUCAUUCUAAAGCAGGACCACACUGGACCAACGGACACUCCGCUAGCUUCGUCGCUUGUGAAAGAAGAUACCACGAAAUCAUUAUCCGGCGCACCUACAGCGUCGUCGGAAAAGAAACCAAUAGGUGGCGCAAAGCAAAGCCUCCUCGAGGCAAUCAUACAGAUGAAUACGGCCAGCCGCGGUAUGAGCUCUGAAGAGUAUUUGAUGCACAAGGUCCAUGAACAACAGCCACCGUUACAACAACGCGUCAGCGCAGACGGUGAAUGUCGUAAGGACGUGUCCUUCCCAGCGCAGAAGCAAUAUGACACUAGUGUUGUUCCUGCGACAACAUCCGUCAUAACUUCGACGGGGUCGAACGAAUCGUUAGGAUCUUCCACGGUAUCGCUCAACCCAGAGGAUUCGCCUACCCAAUCCCUGCACUAUCUUCAAUCACAAUCAGCACCACAAGCUCAGGCACCGAACAAUGAAUCUCUGUCGUUGCUACUCUGCGAGGAAACGAUUCCAGGCUCUCCAGCACCGAAAGAUCACGAUCGACUGCAGCCGUCUACAGUCGGACGUAAGGUGUAUGCUGAGACACCGUUGGCGCCGCCUUCAUCAUCAUCUUCUUCUUUCCUACCACCACAAAACAUUCAAACCGCGACCGAUCUGAAACCCGUUCCGAUGGAUCUAGAGCCGCCAGUGGUGACGAUAACGAUCGGUGGUAAUACGACGAUCAGUAGUACCAGUCAAAGUGGGAUCGGUGGGACCGGUGGAGUGGGAUCGUACGCUUCCAAUCUUCAACAGCAGCAGCAGUCAUUAAGAAGUAAAGUAACUUCUGGUGGAGGAGAAUCCACCGCCGAUACUCCGAAUAGUUCUCCGAGGGAUUCGGUUAGUCAGGAUGAAACACAUGAUCAAGAAUCGUUAUCGCCGAUGAAAAAGCGUCGUCAACGCAAGCCGAGCGAAGAGCCAACGCUCAAACGCCGCCGCACGGGAAAUACCAGCCUGGGUGGCUAUGGAUUUGGAAAUAAUGGUUCAAAUACUAGCUAUGGCCGUAAUCAACGAGGUCUUAAUACAAGCAAUGCAACAGACAGUGAGGACAACUCAGAUAAUUUAGCGGCAUUCCACCGAUCAUCGUCGUUGAUCUUCGUUGGAAGCAAAACCGGCCGACCCUGUCAGUACAAUUUCCUGGUCAAUUUAGAUCCAUCCCUAAACAGUAACCACCGGAUAGGGAUUAUAAGGAAAAAGAUACAAGAGUUGCGCAAAACGUACAACGUGAUCAAGGCCGAGUUGGCGAGUAUCGAUCGGAGGCGCAAAAAGCUACGCCGCCGAGAACGAGAAAACAAGAAGCAAGCCAAACUGAACAGUGCCAGUGCCGGCAACAACUAA